CACAGGCAUGGUCGAGCUAAGAGCGAAUACAAGACUUCGUGAGCAUCUUUACGAACAGGCGGUUACUAAAUCCGAGUUUUGUGAUGUAACACUCGAGUUUGGGCCGCCGAAUAAAAUGAAGCAAAUGGGAGCCCAUUGGUGUGUCUUGGUGCAUUGUCCCUAUUUUGAAUACAUGUAUCGUUUUUUCGGCAAUAAACAAGAUACGGUUCGUGUGUACGACGAACAAAUCGAAGCGAUUGACACUGCCAUUAAGUUCCUGUAUACAGGAAAAGCUUCUUUUGAAAUUGACACUGUCGAAGAUGUAUUAAGUAUAGGACAAUUUUUUCAGAUGAGCGAAUUGCUAGAUAGUUGUGCAAGUUACCUCGCAAAUUUACGACGUUGUGAACAUAACUGUAUUAAAAUAUUUUUCAUAGCACGACAUUUCAAACUGCCAAUGUAUGAAGAUAUUGUCACGUACAUCAUCACCAAUCUAAUAUCUGUCAUUGAAUAUUCGCCCAACGGCCGGAAAAUAACAGGUACAGUCAUCAAAGAACUGAUCGGCCACAAGUCAGCGUGUACCAUAAGACCAUUUGUGUUGCGCAAUUUUUGUCGCAAAUGGCGAAAUUACGAUGAACAUAAUCGUCAUCGGGAAUACCUAGACUUGAUGGCUUUGCUGACAAACUUGACGACACUUUCAUGUGUUUCGAACACAGUGAUCACUGAUGUGAAAACACUUGAGGUUCUUAUGGUCAUAACCAACAAACCAAGGAGUAUAUACGCGUAUGUUGUGGAAGAAGACCGAUGGAAGUUUGUAACGAAAUUGCCUUCGGCUUUAAGUCAAAGCUCUUUCUGGCGUGACGAAACAACUUUACUUGCAGUUGACCCGAAUGGAGAAUCUGUCUUUGCUUUGAAAAAUGACUACACAAAAUCAUAUGCUACUAAUAAUAUUAGCGUACGCAUUCACAAAUAUGAUUUAAACAGUGAGUCUUGGUCAGAACACAACCCGUCAUUCGUUUUCAACGACUCAAACAUUAUACAAAUGCAAGUGAAUCGUGUAAUGUGUUUAAAUGGAAAGCUGCAUUUGGUAAUCACGACAUUAAAUGUUAUUUCAAAGCCGAAAAGAAUUAUGUUAUUGACAUGGAAGGAAGAGACAGGGACAUUUACAAAGUCGUUCCUUUUUAGAUUCAAUCCGCGCUCAACUGUCUUGGAAGAUGUUAACUCGUGCAUCUUAAACAACAAUGACAUCUGUGUAGUGUGCAGUGUCAAACGCUAUUCCGAAAGAGAAAUAAAACUUGUUGUGCAAGAUGUGAAGUCCAAGGAAGUUAAACUACUAAGGCCAGUAAGUAAAGAAGUGUAUGAUGGGAAAGCCUGCAAACUUCUUACAUUUCCAAACAACGAUGAUGUUUGUAUCGCCACUCUAGACAGCCCAUGGUAUACAAUUGUCAACGUAAAUACUGGAACACUUGUACACAAUAACGAUUGGUUGUUCAAGGAACCAAAACAAGCUUUGUCAAAACAAAUGGGUCGUUUCAUUUCGGGAAAUUUCGAGAAAUCCGUGUUCGUACUGGACAGUGAAAGUAAUCGGGGUUUUCAAUUUUAUUAUGGAUCAAAAACCUGGUAUAGAAUUCCAACCCUUGAGUACAAAGUUGGUAGUGGUGCGAUUGUUCAAGCCACCUUACCGUCAACUAUGCUGCAUAAAUUAUCUGACACUCUAAAGUGUGAAUGUAAACUUUUGGAAUUGUUAUGAAUAUGUACAACAAAUCCAACCAAACAGCAUACUCGAUAUGUAUUAUGACAAGUAUAUAUUAUUUUACACGAGAAGUCAUCACUAUGUAUUAUUAAUAAGAGGCCUUAUUGUACACGAGGAUUCAAAACAACACACCAAUAAAUAGACAAUGGCUAAUGAAAUCCAUAAGAUAUUGGAAACAUGGGAAAGACGAUACGUGUAACAAAAUGAUGCGUUUUAUUCCAAAUUACAUAUGAUGUAAAACAUUGCGUCAUCGUCAUUGUGGGAUUUUGCAGGACUACAUCCGACUCCCUUAAUAGACAAUCCUAGAAUCGAUAAAUUUACCGCCGUCAAAUUGGUUAUUACGUGACCUGCUGCCAUGACGGUACUGAGAAAUCUGGUAGACUACAGCGUCAAAGAUCUCACAAUAACCAAAAAUUGGAGACAUUAAUGAAUUGUAUUUCACAUUGUUAAAAAUAUAAAAGUUAGAUUUCUAGCAUAUGUGUCUCUACAAUAAUAUUCCGUGACAACAUGUUUAUGGCCGAAAUAGCUGUGUGUUUUAAGUACUCCUUUCAGUAAUGCCUUUGCUUAAAACACAAUUAUUUCAUUUUUAAAUGUAAUUAUUCGACUAUAAAUUUAAAGUUUAUAUCAGCAUCUAAAGUCUGAAGUAAACUAUGUAAUUUAUAGCGUUAAUAGUUCCGGGGAUAUUAUUAAGCAAAACUUUGAAAUAUUUAUUUCCGAACUCAGAUGUCUGCCUUUGUUU